AUGGACUCCUCCUCGCAGCACCCGGGGUCGGAGCAGCAGCCGCAGCAGCCGCAGCCCACCCGCCCCUCGACCGCGCUGCCGCCGCUGCACGCUCACAUCCCUCCCUCCGCCUCUCUGCCGUUGAGGACCGCUCCCACCACGCCCGUUUCCUCCCCGGGGCUCUUUAGCCCUCGCCAACUCCCGACCACGUCCAUCAGCGAAAGCAAUACGCCGGCCCUCGCCGCGGGGAGCCCGUAUCUGCACCCGCUGCAGACGCACCGAGUCCGAGAGACGCACAAAGCCCUCAUCGAUUCCGACAUCACCACCGGCCGCAAGUCCAUCAACCAGUAUGAAGUCAUCGAAGAGAUCGGCCGCGGUAUGCACGGCAAGGUCAAGCUUGCCCGCAACAGCGCCACCGGCGAGAACGUCGCCAUCAAGAUCAUCCCGCGCUUCUCCAAGAAGCGAAGGCUUGGCAGGGUCACGGCCAUGUCCCCUCAAGACAAGACCAAGAAGGAGAUUGCCAUCCUGAAAAAGAUCCGCCACCCCAACGUCGUCGCCCUUCUCGAAGUCAUCGAUGAUCCCGAGCUCAAGAAGAUCUACAUGGUCCUCGAGCACGUGGAGCUGGGCGAGGUCGUAUGGCGCAAGAAGGGUCUCCCCCACAUCUGCCAGUACGAGCGCCGGCGCAUCGAGCGCGAGAUCCGCGGCGAGGCUCCCACGGCCGAGGAGGAACAGUACAACAAGAUGAUGGAGCGCCGGCAGGCCCUCAAAGAGCUCAAGAGAGCCAAGAUGGCGCAGCACUUUACCGGCCCCUCCGACUACUGGAGCGUCGAGCACGGGGCCGCAGACGAGAGCGGCAGCAGCGCCGGCCACUGGUCACGCAUCCCCUCGCGCGAAGACUUUGCCGUCACUGACGGGCACUCGUCGCCGCCGGGAUCGCGCCGAUCGUCUCUGGCACCCUCUCGCUCGCUGUCCAUCACGUCGAUAGCGUUGGCGCCCACAGAACUCGACGAGAACGUCGACUGGCCCGAAGAAAUCGAGACUCCUGUCCCGCAAUCUACGGCCACGACCGCUCUCGAAGGCACCAUGUACGGCGCCUACGCUGAAGAGGGAACCUUCCGAGGGCGAUCUCCCAGUAUGGCAGACUCCAUCAUUUCCCACAUGUCCUCGGUGGACUGGAAUCCCCGCGCGCAUGAUCCCUUUGCCGAGGACUUCUCCUUCGUGCCCUGCUUCACGCUGGACCAGGCGCGCUCCACAUUCCGGGACACAGUCUUGGGUUUGGAGUAUCUGCACUACCAAGGAGUCGUGCACCGCGACAUCAAGCCCGCCAAUCUGCUCUGGAGCAGGGAUCACCGCGUCAAGAUCUCCGACUUCGGAGUGUCCUACUUCGGCCGCCCCAUCCGCGACGGCGAGUUGGACGAGACCGUGUCUGAAUCGGAAGCUAAGGACUUCGACGACGACCUCGAGCUCGCCAAGACUGUCGGCACACCGGCCUUCUUUGCCCCUGAGCUUUGCUAUACCGACAUCGAUAAGCAAGAGCAACCCAAGGUGUCCGAGCAGAUCGAUGUCUGGUCUCUCGGCGUCACACUCUAUUGUCUGAUAUAUGCUCGCAUCCCCUUCCUCGCCGAGGACGAGUUUCAAAUGUUCAGGAAAAUUGCGACCGAGGACGUUCACAUCUCUCGGAAGCGCCUCAAGCCGGUCGAUCCCUCUACCUCGCCGUCAGCAACGUCACUGUACAAGCGCCAAAACGCGCACCCGUACCGUGACGACAAUGACCUCGAGUACGAAGACGUCGACAACCUCCUGUACGAUCUGCUGCGUCAAAUGCUUGUCAAGAACCCCGAAAAGCGCAUUCGGCUACGGGACAUUAAGCGCCACCCGUGGGUUGUCCAGGGCAUCUCCAAUGUCGUUGGCUGGCUCGACGACACGGACCCUGCGAGACCUUCGUGCGGCAGGAAGAUUCAGGUUGACGAGAAGGACAUGUCCUUUGCCGUUGUUCCUCUGAACUUCCUCGAGCGGGCGCGCUCCGCCAUGAAGAAGGCUGUCGGCAAGGUCAUACACCCUUUGGUAGAGCGAAGUGAGAGCAAGUCUCGGCGCAGAGCCACAAGCAGCGCAGCCAGCUCCGCCGGCGACAGUAUGCUGAAGCACACGGCGCCCCCCACGCACUACUCCAAUGAGAGGCGUGCGAGCAUUCGCGGAGACGACUACUUCUCCCAAACUGCCAAGGACCCUUCUGUCGUGCACCACGCCGCGCCAUCAGCGCCGACGGUCGACCUCCAAACAGAAAGCGUCGAAUACGACCCGUUGGCAACCGUCCUUCCUCCUUUGGAAAAGCCGCAGGGCCUUGCGUCUACCGAGUCAACUCAUGCGGCCGCUGGCCAGACUGGAUGCAGCACGCGAUUCCAACGGCACAACGUGCAGCACAAGAUGAGCCACAACUUUUUGAGCCUGGUGCCGCCCCUGCCCCAAACCCAAUCUACGCCGGCCACGCCGCACUCCGAGCGACACCAGCGCGACGCUUUCCAUGACGGGGAGUUUGCAAGACGGACCUCGCGCAAGUUGGAGCAGCACCUCGAGGACAACGGUCGAUCAAUCUCGGUCGACCGGACGCUCUUCGGCUCCGCAGACAAGCGAGCCCAUGCUCAGGUCGGCUUGACAAACGCAAACGUGCCGGGUAACAUCCAGGGACCCAGACACUCACGGUCGAUGCGAUCCGUGGACCUUGGCAGAGGCAAAUAUCCACACACCACGACCCCGUCGCCCUUGUCCAGCUCUCCAAAGACCACGGCUGCAUAUCAGCACGGCCAGCCCAACUCGGACCCGAACUUCGGCACGCGGCAGCACCUUCGGCUCGAUGAGAGACCCCAGACAGCUCAUCGUCCGGAGAACGCCGCCAGCUCCAGGCAGACUGAGUACCGUGUGUCGUCGAGCCCGGACAAGCUUGCCGCUCAGCCUGUGACAGCCGACCCUGUCAACAUCCCCUGCCCACCGUCACCUCAGCCCCAAGAUUGGGCUGGGCACUCCGGAGCGCCGCCGCGGGGCAACACCAUGACCUCAUGCAAAUCGUCCAGCAUGGAGUCCAUGGAAUGCAUGGGUACACCUUUAACGAGUCCUAGCGAGACCACCAGUCCUGUCGCGACGGAUAUUCCUCCCAAGAACGCUCCGCACCACAUGCUCAUCUACCAAUCGGACCCAUCUCUGCCAGCACUGCUCAGCGGCGCCAGCUCCAUCUCGGCCGACAUUGAGGGCGAGCUUCUCUGCAAGCCCGGCGUCGUCAACAGCCGGUCGCCUCGACUUGACUCGUCUGACCAGACACCUCCGGCGUUGGCCAAGGACGCUUUAGCGAUGGACCAGGACCGAGUUUUUGAGAAUGGCACUGCCAUGGAAAGCGGGCCCUUGCACAUUCCUGCAGCAGAGCCUAAGAGCCCCUCGACUGUCGCGGCAGAUUCGCACCCGGACGAUGCUGACGAGGACGGAAGCGACGAUGACAUCCUCGUCAUGGCCAAAUCACGCAAACGAACUUCAUUGCUUCCCAGAGCGCCUACCAGCCGGCCCUUUGAGGCGAAGAGACGCGACACGGGUGCCAGCACAGCCAGCAACGAGACUGCAAAGAAGGUGCCCGUCCACGACGACAGCUCGUUCCAGCCAGAGCCGUGA